AUGGUCAGCAGCGACGAAGAUGAAGAGGAUAUCUUGUUCCUAUCUCCAAAUGAGGGGGUCUCUCGUAAGGACCAGAUACAUAAAACUGAUUUUCGCCCUGGGAUGCUUGAUUUCUCUACUCUUCCACAGCUAGCGCCUCCAUCAUACGCAACCAAGGCUGCUCAAAGGGCUCUCGGGCAGGAGAUUAUGAAGCUAGAAAAGAUACAAUCCACAAUACCUCUUCAUGAAUUAGGUUGGUAUAUCGACUUUGAAAAGAUCAACAAUAUGUUCCAAUGGAUCGUUGAGCUGCACUCCUUCGACCCCGACCUCCCGUUAGCGCAGGACAUGAAGGCGGCUGGUCUAACUAGCAUCGUCCUUGAGAUCCGCUUUCUCCGCGAAUUCCCCAUGUCUCCGCCAUUUGUUCGCAUAGUUCGCCCCCGUUUUCUUCCGUUCGCUAGCGGUGGAGGUGGUCAUGUCACAGCGGGUGGAGCUAUGUGUAUGGAGCUUCUAACAAACACGGGCUGGUCACCGGCAAACAGCUUGGAAAGCGUUCUUUUACAAGUACGCUUAGCUAUCUGCAAUACAGACCCCAAUCCAGCACGCCUAGACAACAUAAAACAGCGCAGAAUGGAUUACGGUAUCUCCGAAGCGUUGGAGGCAUACACUCGGGCCGCACUUGCACACGGAUGGGAUGUGCCCAAAGACCUGCGAGAAGCAUCUGCUUCUGGAUUUGCUUAA